AUCCGGAGCUCAGCGACAUCAUGCUGGGCAUGAUCAGGAACUUGCUGUUCGGGAGUGUAGAGACGUGGCCUUGGCAGGUCCUGAGCAAAGGGGGCAAGGAAGAUGUCUCCUAUGAGGAAAGGGCCUGUGAAGGCGGCAAGUUUGCCACAAUAGAAGUGACAGAUAAGCCUGUGCAGGAGGCUCUUCGGGAAGCAAUGCCGAAAAUCAUGAAAUAUGCAGGAGGCAUGAAUGAUAAGGGAAUUGGAAUGGGAAUAACUGUUCCUGUUUCCUUUGCUGUGUUCCCCAGUGAAGAUGGCUCCCUACAGAAGAAAUUAAAAGUCUGGUUCCGAAUUCCAAACCAGUUCCAGAGCAGCCCUCCAGUUCCCAGCGAUGAAAACAUUAAGAUUGAGGAGAGGGAAGGCAUCACUGUCUAUUCCACUCAGUUUGGUGGUUAUGCCAAAGAAGCUGACUACGUAGCUUACGCCACCCAGCUGCAUACUGCCCUGGAGGGCACAGCCACCUGCCGGCAUGAUUUCUACUUCUGCGCUGGGUAUGACCCUCCCAUGAAGCCCUACGGGCGUCGCAAUGAAGUCUGGCUGGUGAAAGCAUGA